GGAGGAGGGGGAGGAGGAGGGGUCCCCGUGGACAGGGAUGACGGCGAGGAGUCGCAACUGAGGCUGCAGCUGAAGAGGAAGCUGCAGAGGAACAGGACCAGCUUCACGCAGGAGCAGAUCGAGGCUCUUGAGAAAGAGUUUGAAAGGACACAUUACCCAGAUGUCUUUGCACGGGAGAGAUUGGCAAAUAAGAUUGAUUUACCCGAGGCCAGGAUACAGGUGUGGUUCUCAAACCGAAGAGCCAAGUGGAGGAGGGAGGAGAAGUUGCGCAAUCAAAGGAGGUCAGGGGGAGUGACUUCCUGUUCACAGAGCCAAGCCCCUCUGACCACUUCCUUCAACACAUCCGUCUAUCAUCAGCAGCACGGCAGUAGUUCAGGGUCCAUGUUGAGUCAGGCUGAGUCGUCCCUGCCCAGCUACAGCUCUCUGUCAGUUUUCUCAUCUGGAGUCCAGUCCAUCCCUCCUCAGUCGGCCUCCUCCUACUCCUGCAUGCUACCUCCCUCCCCCUCUGCCCCACGCAGCUUUGACUCCUCGGCGUACUCCUCCCCUCAUCUGCAGACUCCCUCCUCAGCCAACUCCAACACUGGGCUCAUAUCGCCCGGCGUUUCAGUGCCGGUUCAGGUCCCAGGAACUGAGCAGCAGAGCAUGAGUCAUAACCUGGGUCAGUACUGGGCCAGACUACAGUGAGCAACAGACAAUCAAAAGAUGAAGAAGAGGAAGGAGGAGGAGGAAUACAAAGGGGGCAUGUAAGAAAAAAGUGUCAAGAAAACAGUAUUGGGACACACAGGUUUUUAAGGAGGCACAGGACUGAGUAAAAAGGGGCCUUGAUGAGUUGAAGUCCCCAAAAUGCAUUAAAUGUUUACAAAAUCAGCCAAGAGCUGCUUUGGUUGCACUUGACUGUACUCUGCUGGUAUUUGCUUAGUAUGAUCAGGGUGCGCUUUUUUGUUUUUAUGUACAGAUUUUGUUUUAAUCCCAAGGGGAGAAGAGUAUAAAAAGGGUCAGUUUGUGUUGAGGAUUAAAUUAGAGUCAGGAUUAAGACCAGGCUACAGCUGGGUUUAGGUUAUACUGUCUGUGAAGAUGCAAGAAAUGACAUUGCUUUAUUUGACCUGUUAGAUGAGGAUUAGAUUUGGAUCCUUUAAAAAGUGUGCUGUGUUUAAUAACGUUGGAUAUUUUGGCUCUACUUAGAUUGAAAGAUUAUUCAUAGUGAAAAAAAAUGGAAAAACAGUGUACUCUAAUUUACACCAGGUGGAAUUCAGACCUAAGAUUAUUUUGUAUGAAUAUUUGUUUUACGCAUUUUGUCAUAGAAGUGUCACAAGACUGCUUUGAGGUUUCUAGAAAGCUUAAAUCUUACGUCACUGUGAACUCUUAGCACGCUAAUCAAAAGUCUAAAGACAACACAUAACCAGUGGAAAAAAGGUGUGCUUCUGCAUGCAGGGAUUUAAUUCUCAAACAGAGAGAAGCCCUUGAAGGAGAUACAGCAGUACUAAGUGAACACCAGCAGACGUUUGUAUCGUAAAGUGUAACCACAGUUAGUUUCUUGUUACUUGAGCAGCUCAAUGAUGUUGUGAUAUGAAGCUUGUUCCCUAAGCAUUUGCUGUGUGAGGCUACUGUGAACACUUUAGAAUUGCUCAUGGCAAUCACUUUUACGAAUAUGAAAAAAUACAUACCAAAAAAAAAAAAAAAAAGGUAAAUCCU